AUGGGUGAUAACAAAGUUACAGACAAACACGGCAAUGUUAUUAAUCCCGGCGAUUAUGUUGGAACCAGGAUUCGCGGCGGAACGCAUGAAGGACCUGUGGAAGAGAUAAUCACAGACAAGCAACGAGCAGAAGAGGUUAAUGUGAAAAAUCCGCCAAAAGUACGCUUCCAGAACAAGGAUGGUAAAAUGGUGGCCCACAAUCCAGGCACCCUGGAACUCGACUACACCCAAUAA